GGAACAUCUGUGCCGUGCAGUUUAGAAUCGGGCUGCUAAUUCGGGAUGUCGCUGCGAGGUCCACUCUUCGAUUCGUCAUCUAUUUCUAAUUCAAGUAACAAAUACCAAGAAAAUUACACGUACGCCCCAAUUUAUUCAUGAAAUAGACAUUUAUUAUGUGCGGUAAGACGUGAGCAGAUAGUUUUAAAUAAAAGUUGAAAGUUAAAUAAAAUAUUGUUAGAAUAUUAUUUUAGAAUUUGAAAAAAUUAAAUUAGGAUUUGAAAAUGUAGAAUUGUAUAUUAAUUUUUGUAUGUAAAUUUGAUAAAAUUGUAAUGAUAAAAUGAGAUGAGAUAAAAAAACAUUUUGUGAAUUCAAAGCUUUUCUUACAUUCUAAAACUUAUGUCUUUAAAAUUGAAACUCUUGAUAAUUUGGUAUUCAAAGUAAAAUUCAAAUAAUAAUUUGUAGGUAAAAGGUGUAAUCUCUGUGUGUAUUUUUGGUAAAUUACACGUAAAAAAAAAAAAAAUAUUCGAUACCAGGAGACUUGACCAAUUAAGUUGAGUGAUGCAUGCUUGUAUAUAUCGACGCAAUAGUCAUUGGCUAUGUUAUGUGUAUUAAACUCCAAUCAACAAUAAAUAUGCGUGGUAGGUCCACGCAGGCAACAAUAAAUGUUAUAAAAAAAUAUGAAAAAAAAAACCAUUUGGCUUUUUUGGGACCUAUCCUCGGCUACACCCUCGGUGGAUAUAGCAUUAUUCUUCCAUGAUACCCAUAAAAGAAAAUUAAAAAAAUACAUAAAUUAAACCAUUUCAUGAUCAUUAAUACCAGCUACAAAUAACAAUUUCUUAUAAAUCACUUGUGAAAGAAAUUAUAACCAUUUCAUAAUCAUGCAUGGCAUGCAGAAACCCAUAUUUCGGGGAGAGCCAACUGUAAAUAUUCCUAUAUUUGUAGGUGCCGGUUCUAAAUCUUCGGCAUCCUUUAUUCCAGCAAUGACAAAACCAUCUUUCAUCUUGCUGCCAUGCUCAAAUGGUGCUAACUAAAUCGGUACAAAGAACUUGAGGCCGUGAUGAGAAAUUAAACCAAAACCACCAAACUCCUCAAUACUUUCGUUUAUGUCCAAAUACUCUCCUCAGCUGCUACGUUAAAACCACCUAAAACAAACACAAUCUUAAGCGUUACUGCCUACUGGCCACUAGCUACUCUGCUCAUGCCAAUAAAUAUCUCUCUCUUCACUCCAAUUAUUUGCAAUAUUCACCUCUGUAUUUCUCUCUUUUUAGCAGCUGAUCAUAACCAUGGCUAAUUUGCAAGGAGGAAACGAGACUGCCGUUCUCUGCUGGCGCUUUGCAUUGGUUCUUGUCAUUGUCAUGUUCUUCGCUCCUACUGCUAGUGUUGCUAAGAAAACGAAGAUCGAUAGCUUGAAAAUGAACGUGAUUGAUCGGUGCUGGAGAUGGAACCCGGAUUGGAGAAGGAACAGGCCGCAACUUGCGACAUGCUCAGUGGGUUAUGCAGGGAAGAUGACUAAUAAUAUUGGGAAGGGCCUCACAAGAUACGUGGUAACUGAUCCGAGCGACAACCCGUUGAAGCCCAAGCCGGGGACCCUAAGAUAUGGAGUAACCAUGAUCAGAGGGAAAAAAUGGAUCACAUUCCGAAGGAACAUGCGCAUCCAACUUGAAAAACCACUUCUCAUUGGUAGUUUCACAGCCAUUGAUGGUCGAGGUGUUGAAGUUCACAUUGCGGGUAAGGCAUGCUUGAUGAUCUAUAAGGCAAGCAACAUAAUCAUUCAUGGCCUUCGGAUCCACCAUUGCCGGUCCCAAGCACCAAGCUCAGUGAUGGGUCCAGACUCAAAGGUAUUGCCAAUAGGUCCGGUGGAUGGAGAUGCAAUCAGAUUGGUUACAGCAUCAAAGGUGUGGCUAGACCAUAACACACUGUAUGCGUGCGAGGACGGUCUCCUGGAUGUGACACGAGGUUCCACAGAUAUAACAAUCUCCAAUAACUGGUUCAGAGACCAGGACAAGGUCGUGCUUCUUGGGCACGAUGAUGGGUACUUGCGGGACAAGAACAUGAAGGUUACUCUUGUCUACAACCAUUUUGGACCUAAUUGCAACCAACGGAUGCCAAGGAUCCGCCAUGGAUAUGCACAUGUGGUGAACAACUUUUACCAGGGAUGGAUGCAGUACGCCAUUGGGGGAAGCACGAAUCCGAGCGUCAAGAGUCAAGCCAACCUUUUUAUUGCACCAAAAGCUGGGAACAAGGAGGUGACGUGGAGAAAUGGCUGCGGGCAGGGGGAAAACGCAGGAUCCUGCAAAUUCUACUCAGUGGCGGAUGCUUUUGAAAAUGGAGCUUCUUUCGAUCAAUCGCGUGGUGGCGGGGCACGCCCGCUCUAUAACCGAGAACAAGUUUUCCCAGUCGCAGAUUCCAGAUCUGUGAGGUCUUUGACAAAAUCAUCUGGUGCUUUGCGAUGUACCCGACGCUCUAGAUGCUGACUCCAUCUAUUUUAUAUACAUAUAUAUAUGAGAAUUACUUUGAUCUAUACAAAUAUAUUACACAAUAAAGUCUAUAUAUCUACGUAUCUUAAUGUGAUAUAUCAUAUUAUAAUUUUUUUUUUUAUUAUAAAAAAGAUUUGAUAGAUAGAUCACAUUAAACAAUAUUAAUAUAUAGACUUUAUUGUAUAAUAUUUUUCUAUAGACGUAACACUUCUCUGUAUGUAUAUAUAUGUGUGCAACUUGAAGGCUGAAAAAACUAUAUCAAACUAUAUAAUUUGUAUGAUUUGACAAUAUUAUUUAUAUACAAUAUUAUGUCAAUAUUGUUGACUUGGCAUGCCGGGGAUGGUUUCCCCCCCCCUUUUUUUCCUU